AUGUUCUAUGUGUAUGCAAGCAAUCUGAUCCAACAGAUCAGCAGCAGUCAACAUCUCCAGACCAAUGGAGAUAUGUUCCAUCCGAGCAAAACCCAGCGGACCAUGGGUCAAGUAACAUCCAAGAUGCUGAGCCUUCAAAACCUGCUGAUCAUCCUCUGCAUUCCACUGCAUUGUGUGACCAGUGCAGCUGAUGUGAUCUAUGCAGCUGGAUACACUGGGAGAGAACUUAAAGUGUCCUGUCCCUAUCAAGAGGGAUAUGACUUUCAUGAGAAAUACCUGUGCAGGAAUGAGUGUGACAAUGAUGAUGAAAUUGUGAUUAAGACUACAGAAGUGAAGAAGGGCAAAUACUCCAUCCUUGAUGACAAAAAGAAACAAAUCUUCACAGUGACCAUCUCUGAUCUUGAUCAUACGGAUGCUGGUAAAUACCGGUGCAUGAUGAACAGACUAGGAGUGGAUCCCUCAAGUGCUGAAGUACAAGUGGAGGUGGUGCCAGACACCUGCUGUGACCGACCCACCAAAGUCCAAGGUUAUGAGACAGGUUCAGUGUCCUUCAGUUGUCCGUAUGAGUCUAAGUACCGGACCAACAUAAAGUACAUCUGCAGAGGAAACCAGUCCUCCACAUGUCUGCAGCAGGCUUUAAUCACCUCUGACCACAAACGAAACAGACAGUUCACACUGACUGAUGAUACAACAUCAAGGAAAUUCACAGUGGUGAUUAAGAGUUUGACCCAAAGGGAUUCUGGUCCGUACCUUUGUGGUGUCCAUGGAAACACUGGAUUGGAUGUUUUCUCUGCUGUUCAGCUGGAAGUCAAAGCUUUACCAAAGAAGACCACCGUUGUGAUCCGUCUUACCACUGUGGAACCUGUUAGCCCUACUUCACAAACAACACAGAUCUCUGAGAAACCCACCAAAGAUGCAGCACCCAAAACCUUUGUUGUUGUCAUUGUCCCUUCACUUCUGGCUGUACUGCUCAUUGUGACAUUUGUCCUUGUUCUGGUUUAUAAAAGCAAAUGCUGCAAAGUGCAAGGAGCUGGAGUCAACAUUAACAGUUCAAUGUGGAUGACUGCUGAAGAAGGAGAAGUGUUGGGUUUGGCUGAGCUGAGUAAAAAUCAACAACUCACACAGCGCUCAAAGCAGCAUGUCUUCAAGAAGCACCAUGAUGGUAAAAAAGACCAACAAGAGUCUGAGUAUCACUGCCUCUCAGAGAUGCAAGACAUCUACGAUAAAAUAUGCAACUAAUUGCAUUGUAAGUCUUGAUCAUUGAUCUGCAUGAAUGACCUAACCCCUGACUGUUUUCCCAAGAUAGCGCCCGCCUGUAUACGCGAACGCUACUGCUGUUCUAAACUAUCUUUUUAAUAAACUGUCUGUACACUUACAAAGUUCUCAAUGCUUCGGUUUAUAGGUAGAGACCCUCAUUAUGCUACCGUGUAAGUGUGGUGCUAUUUUGAGUCUUGUUAGUGGUAUAAAAAGUGAUUUCUUUUCACGUUACUGUGUGCCCCGUUGGCUAGCGUUAUAAGCUAAUUAACGGUUUGUGCUAAAACCGGUCACGGUCGAUUAGCAUGAAAACAUAUCCCAGAGAACGGAUCAACUCGAUACACAUGUGUUAUUAACACCAGGUUCAUUUUGCGCCGGAAUUGUCCUUUAACAGCUGACCAACAGAAAUAAUGUGCCACCAUAAUUGUUACUGUCUGAUUAAAAACAGGGUGGACUUCUUUGUACAGACUUUCUUUGUGAUUUUCCAUGAGAUGUAUUGUGUGCAUACGCACAUAUUCUAUUUCUAAUUGAAAGUUUAUUAAUCUAAUAACAUUUACAUUUGAAAUGCUUCCUGUGUCUAUUUUUGUCACCAGUUUCUAGGUUUAUUUCUCUUAAUAGUUGUUACGCUGUGGCCUUCUUACCAAUUACUCGUGGUCUGCAGUUUUGGUAUAGAACAAGAUAUUAUCAUUUAAGCACCUGUCUUUAAAUGUUCUGCUUUAGCCAAGUACCCGAAAUGACACUGGGUAGUAUACCUGUAUAUUUGGAAAAAGUGAAUUUUUAGAGAGAAAAUUAAGAAAUCAGUGUUUCAUUGUUCCAGGAUAAGAUGGAGAUCUGUUGAAGCUUCUUUUAGCUGAGAUCAGAGGUGUCCAUGUUUUUUUAGGUUAUAGUUGUCACUCUGUUAGUGUGUGUGUGUGAGGUUUGUCUGUCUGUCACGGAGUGAAUGGUUUUUUGUUUUGGUCCGUCUUGUACUUCAGUUAUUGUAGUCAUCUGUAAAUCUGUAUGCAUUUUGAUGUAAAGCAAAUGAGUGUGCUUUCAAUCAAUAAACUGCCAUAUAAACAAA